AUGGCUGUCAGAGCAUUGAGAACAUUCUCGACCAGUCCUCGAGAACCUGCCGGGUGGCUUCGAUUCCGACAUCCUAUUACCAACACUACGUUCCUCAAGCUGCAAGCCGCACCUUCAAUCUCUUCUACGACCUCCGGAAGCAAUGGAAGCUUAGUUAAUGGGAUGGUCCUUCAGAUUGCACAGCAAGCGUGUUCUGUCAUGGCCGGAAACUUAUGGAAUGGGUAUUUGUCACGUUCGCAGGACCCUGAAGACGCCCCACUCCAUGCAGAUGCUACAGAGAGCACAAUUCUUCAGCCAGGAACGUACUAUUUCCAUUCUCCGAAGCAAUAUUCCAAUCGCGACUAUCCCGUCAUCAGUAAUGUCUUCCAGUACCGGUUUCCAUCAUGCUCGCAGCUUCCGGCCAGCUGGCUCAAGGCACAUAUCGGAGCAUAUAACUACCCCAAGUUCAACAAAACUUCCCCCAAGGUCGUCAUAGAACGCAUUGUCUUUCAGAGAGAUGACUAUCGGGACCGAAUUCUGGGCGAUAGUGACAUCUUUACAUUUGCUCCGCUUGUCCGACCAAAGUAUCAUGCGCAAGUUCUAGCAGAUAUCAGGGCCAAUCAUUCGCCGACGAUGCCCCAACUCACAAGCGCGCUCAAGGCGACCCGAACUUCGAAACACCUAACUCUUCUCGACCUCAGAGGGCCCUACAAUACAAUCUGUGUCGAACCAACAUCGGCCGCCCUUCUCAGGGACGAGAAGAUCGUCAUUAAACCAGUCCUAUGUUCCCCAGUACGAUCACUCUUUCAGCGGCCACUGGUAUCUAGUGUUCGCACCUACUCCGCUAUCGCGGCUAUUCCGCCAACCUACGCCCGUGCAUAUAGUAAGGCGCAGCGACGGAAUACCGCGACUUCGAACGUGUCCGCUUUCUCCACGGGCCUAACCACACGCGCAUCCGGAGGAGGCGGCGCCAAAGCGACCUUUGAUCACGAGUGGGACAACGAAUACGCAUUGGUAUUCAAUGCAAGGACCGGGAAGCUCCUGGCAGACUUUCCAUCACUUCCCCAUGAGGGAAGUUCGCACUCGAAGUCAACGCAUUCGAAGAUGGCAAUCCAAGUGAGCUCGAUACUGACGAGCAAUGCUCUUGGACACCUUACUAAAGAUCAUCUGGGCGGUGACAUCGUCCAAGACGAGUUUCUACCACCCGGGAAGUACUUUUGGCAUCCAGUAGGUCCAAGUCAGUCAUCCUCGCCCCACUCAAAGCUCAUCAAUUACUCAUCGGUAUACGCAGACGCCAAACAAUUGGAGUGGUUCUGGGAGUGGGAGUUGCCGAAUGAACUACCCCCCGAAUGGUCGACCAUCGCAUACGAAUAUCCUCGUUACCGCUAUUCUGCCACUCGCACGGUUGCUAAGGAGAGGGACGGCAAGUGCGUCAUCUCAGGCGAUCCGGAUGUAUUGGAACUUGCACACCUCGUACCUAAGGCCGAACAGGCCAAAUUUGACAACGAUAAGAUGGACCGAUUCAUUAUUCCAGGCGCAGCACCAGAGCCGAAGGGCGACAAGCUUGGGAGACCCCGAAGAGUGCUCGAGAAGUGUUCGCCGCGAAACGGUCGAUCAUUCCCUGAUUCCCGAGGAAUCGAUAAUCCAUCCAACCUCAUCCUAAUGGAACCGUACUCCCAUCAGGCACUGGAUCGUGCGUUUUGGGAUCCCCUGCCACAUGAUGGGGGCUUCAUUGCCGCCCUUGCGGUGCACCCAACAUCUUCUGUGCUCUACGAGCGAAUCCAUGAUAAGCAAAUUCAUCUUAAGGGGAUCUCACCUCAUUUCCUCUACACUCGGGCGGCAUGGAACGUCUUCAAGAGGCAUAAGAAGGGUGAGAAUUGGUCUCGAUUGAGCUAG